GUGUUUGGAAUAAUAUCGAUAUUGACGAGGCCGUUGAUGAAAUUGCUGAAAUAUCUGUCCUUUGCACGAAAAGCGUAAACGAAGAUCUUGAAACAAUUGAUUUAAAGAGCAUCACAUCUAAAUUCAAGGCCAUGCUUAGAAACAAAUCUCUUUGGGACGCAACAGAUGGCGAUCGCUGUGAAAUAUGCUUGGUGAAUAAACACUUAAAAGUUAGUUUUGAUGGACAUGAUUUAACACGCGAGUCUCAGGCAAGUUGCGCACGUAAGAUCCGCACCUGCUGCUCCUGUAUGAGGAACUCUUACAUCAACCCAGUCAAGUGUCACACGUGUGGGCAAACCAUUGAACCGGUUAUAAAUGCAAAAUGGGGAGCCUUGCUUCUAGCUGGCUUUGAUACAAGAAAUGGAAGAUUGUUUAUUGAAGACAUCAAUCGAUUUAAAGAAGUAAUUACCUCGACGGUUCUUCCAGCAAUGAGUAUCAGCCAAUACAAUAUCAUCACUGUUGUUCCUGAUACAGAAAAUGGAACAUGCGCCACUGGGCAGAUAGAUAUCGCUUUUGAGAAGCUUCGAGCGAUGGAUAUAACAACAUUGCUGUUUGUGUACUCAGGGCACAAAGGGCCACACGAUGACUUAGGACAGGAAGAUGACAACAGUCUACACAUUGGCCCUAAUGAAUACUUUCCGCUAGCACGGUUAAAUGACAAAUUGAACACAUGGAAAAGAGACAAGCCGCAGUUCAACAAAGUGAUUGCCUUUUUUGACUGUUGUUUCCCUGAACAAUUGAAAUUAGAAAGUCCUCUAAAGCUUAUUCAAUUCAAUCCAACGGCGCGGACGGAAAGGGUAAAUGCUUUCCAAAACAAGGGAAGUCCGUUUUUGCAGCUUGUUCUUCAAGCCUUUACGGCAACUGCUAACGGUGGUAUAUGCAUUUAUAAAGAUUGUGAAUGCAGCAAACAUCUUCAUGGAGAUUUUAUCACUCUGGAUGAUUUGUGGAAAUAUCUAAACGAGCAUGAUCAAAGAGGGCACGUGCUUGGCAUAGAUCAAAGCAGCCAGUAUCUGAAGUCUAAGUUUGCUGACAUAAUCAGCAUCGAAAUAUAUACUGGACCGAGAACCAAACAUAUUCAAGAAAUUGAAACGCUCGAACAGUUGAUGUUAGCAUGGACCUCAAAGCGGAUUUUGAGAUGCACUGCCCGCCUAUUGUACAACAUAAACGUGGGGAAACCCGUAGGUCGAUGCUUAAAGGACGUCCUAGAAAUAAGGACUCUGCAUCAAACAGCGCUUUACAAAUGCAGCCUGACGGACAAACAUUUGACGAAGUCAGAUCUAGUGAGAUAUAGAGCAAUGGUGGAGAAGCUGGAUAAAACUAGCGGAUAUUUAAAAGAAUACUUACACGCCCUGGAUAUGAUUAUUCAUCACACACAGGAAACCCGGUUUCAAGACAACCGUUUGGACAUUACAUUUCUUGAUUUGCCCAAUCGCUUCACCUUGGUCCACAUGAGUCUUGUACAGACGACUGGCGUUUAGGAAGUAACACAGCAGUGAAAUGGGCCCUUGGACUGACUUCAUUUACUCGACGAGUACAUGUACUGUUAUUUAUCAUAAUGUUGUGUACCUAUUUUGCACACGCUUUGUUUGAAAAGCAUAGAUCAUAAUGUAUCAAAUUUAUUCAUGGUGUUACACCACAUUAAGCUAGUCGUAAACAUUUAAUAGCAGAAUGUUUUUGAUCCCGAAAAUGUUUGUUGAAUAUAACAUGUGUGUUUGUUAUAAUCAUUUUUUUGACGGCUGUUGACUAGCAGUUGACUCCGUGUGGUAUUUCUGUAUAUGGCCCUAAUCUUUUGAGGUGAAGGGGGGCAUACUGAUUUGUCAUUGUAUGCACAUCCGUCUGUUCGUCCAUCCGCCCGUCCUUCCAUCCGUCAUAGUGUGUUGUGUCCUGCGCAAUAAAACAAAUAUUGAUACUUAAGGGGAGACACAUUGCAAACAUAUCAACCACCCUGUGAACAUGCAACCUUCAAUCAUUCGGUUCGAUUAUUAUCGACGCAACAUUAGUUAUGGUCUCAUUUUGGCAAACAAAAUCACAUGUGUUUACUUAUGUCGCGUAGCUUUACAUGUAUGUCUGCUAGAGGCUGACACUUCAACAACAUAUUAUCCAGCACGUAAUCUUUCGCAUCGGAAAUGUUCGAAUUAUUAAAAAGAAUUGCUUCUAGAGGGAAGAACUGUGUAAUGAACAAUUAACUGUAUGUUAACUUGCGUAUAUGUAUAUGCGCAAAGGAUACUUUUUUACGCAAACGUGAUUAUGGCCCCUUUUAGCAAACAAGUACGGUAUAAAGUCGUCUUGCGCGUUGCUCAACCAGUAUUGCUGCUACAGGGCAGUACUAUUAAAAAAAUAUAACCAGCGCGUGAAUUUUCGUACUUUCAAAAACUGUUUUAUUUUUUUCCGACAUUAGCGAGUGUUUCAGACUAAGCAAAUGUGGGUACUUUUUUAGUUUAAAGGUUUGAUUUAGUAUAUCUCAACAAUCAAUUAUUGCGGAACAGCUCAACUAAUCUGAUUUUGUUGGAAAUCUCUUUCAUUGGUACAUAAUUGUACGUAUUAAUAUUUCUUUCAGUUAAAAAACCCCUGAAAUUAUUACAUGAAUGUUAUGUUACAAGAGUUACAAUUUCAUAUAGUUCAGUGUUUACUGGCUUCAUAUUAGUAAUAAGAUCCCGCCCAACCGAUUACGACAUUAGUUGCAUUAAUUACAUGUUCCUCUUACUAGUAAAUACGCAUACAUACAUAUGAAACAAUAGAGAAAUGUACUUACACAACACUCAUAAAUCACCUCCGAUAGUACUCAACUUUUCUGUUCAUAUCGUUUUAUUUUAUCUUUGUAUAUAGGAAAGAUUAAAAAACGUAUUUAGCACCAGAAAACUAGCUUUGUUGUUUUCACUUUGAACCAUUGAGCUUGCGCUUCGAAUCCUGCAAUACUGUUUCAUUUUGAUAUUGUUUUAGUUUCAUAUGACAUAAUUAUAACUGUGAUUUGUGUGCAUUAUUUCAUUUGUUAGUUGUUUCUUACAUUAAUUGUUAAUGGCAUCCUUAAUUAUAACAUGUAGAAAUUAUAUUUGGGACAAAAAUCUUUGUUAUUCUCAUUGUAUGCAUGAUGUUCAUGGCGCUGACUUAUGCUAGUAUAUUCUUUAAGAGCGUCGAUGCCUGUGCUAUAUUUAUAAUAUCAAAUUACACGUUUUAACAGCUUGUAUAAUAAUAAAGUAUAAUAGAGUUU